UUGGAAGAGGAGUCCGACCCACCUGAUGAUCUUUGGCUCAAUCCGCUCCACAUUAAUCUACCUCUGACAUUAAACCCAUCUGCGCGCGUGCGUUUUAUAUUUCUCAGCAAUCGCUUUUUGUAACUUCUAGUGAAUAUUUUAACGGAAUAUUAAAGGAGUCUUACGGUCAUUAUCAGUCCUAAAUUGCACUAACAGUUAUCGUCUUUUCCUUUUUUUAUUUUUUUGCACUUGAGCAUUUUUUGUGAGGAUGCAUACCACCCAAAAGGACACCACUUAUACCAAGAUAUUUGUCGGUGGUCUUCCGUAUCAUACGACGGAUUCCAGUCUAAGGAAAUAUUUUGAAGUGUUUGGCGAAAUAGAAGAAGCGGUGGUGAUUACCGACAGACAGACUGGAAAGUCCAGGGGUUAUGGAUUUGUGACUAUGGCAGACCGCUCUGCUGCAGACAGAGCCUGUAAGGACCCCAACCCCAUAAUCGACGGCAGGAAAGCCAACGUUAACCUGGCUUAUCUCGGAGCCAAGCCACGGGUGAUGCAGCCAGGUUUUACCUUCGGUGUCCCUCAGAUUCACCCUGCUUUCAUCCAAAGACCAUAUGGGAUCCCCACUCACUACGUGUACCCGCAGGCCUUCAUGCAGCCCAGUGUGGUCAUCCCUCACAUCCAGUCAGCGGCAACCUCCACCACCGCGUCCUCACCUUACAUCGACUACACAGGUGCAGCCUACGCACAGUACGCCAGUGCCGCAACCGCUGCGGCUGCCGCAGCCUAUGAGCAGUACCCAUACGCUGCCUCUCCUGCCGCAACCGGCUACGUAGCUACCGCCGGCUAUGGCUACGCCAUGCAGCAGCCACUGGCCACCGCCGCGCCGGGGUCUGCAGCCGCAGCUGCGUCCUUCGGUCAAUACCAGCCCCAGCAGCUGCAAGCCGAACGGAUGCAAUAGCAACCAAAGAGACGGAUGGGAGACGCGCCGGGAAUCGACGCCCAGCGACUGCUACUAGAUGAUGAAGAGGAUGGUGAUGAAAAUAGUUGCUGGUUGUGGGUUGAUUGCAAGAGGAGGAAGACGAGGGGCAUACGGGAAGGGGAUAGUAAUUGAUAGAAAGAUUAUUAGUGAGAUGGGAACUCCAUUGCUUUCCAACUUGCUGUGAUUAAAGAAAAAAAAAAA